UACGAGGAGUCUGGCAGCAGACAUGAUUUCAACAUUCUUGUGACACAGUUUCAGAAAGUGGGUCUUGCUGAAGCUGCUUCAGGCGACUGCCGGAGCAUCUGAGGUGGCGUGAUCUCGUCUGCAUCUCCAAUCUGAGCCCUUAGCCGGAAGGAGGCAGCAGGGGAAGGAUCUGGUACAAAUACAGCAGCUGGCCUGAAGGAUGGACCAGUCCGUUGCUAUUCAGGAGACUCUGGCGGAUGGACAGACCUGCCUGAUCGCGGUACAGGGUAUCCUGGCCGGUGAGGAGAGUGUGGAGAGCCGGCUUCUGGGCCUCGUGCGGACCCAUGGAGAGCAUGCGAUCUUCCUGUACACUCAUCGGCGAAUGGCUAUAACAGCUGAGGAUGUCUGCUUGGAGAGAGUUGUGCCGAUCACAGAAGGAUUUUCAGCAGAAGAAGUUACACCUGACAGUGACCUUCAUAUCAUUGGUUCUGAUGUGACUGUCCAGAUAAGCUCGGAAGAUGCUCAGCUGGUGGUGCGAUUGCCUUUUGGGUCCCAUACACGCACGUUCCUACAGGAGAUCAGCAAGUGCCACCCAGGAGUUGUGGGGUCUGAAGACAUCAACGAGAAUGAAAAAAAUCUCGUAGUUAAUCAUAGCUGGAGCCAUAACCGCGAUGAUAAAGCUACCCCUAGACAGAGUAAAUCCAACAUGGAUGUAACCAGUGAGAUGGUGCGAUCCUCUAGCGGGAUGGUUUCAGACAAGGCUUGUAUCUUAUCAGAGCAGAAGUUUGGGCUAAGAGAUACUAUAGUUAAAUCUCAACUGGUACUGAAAGAGGAUUCCUAUACCUAUCUCCAGAAUUUCAGGUUUUUUAUUGGAACGUACAAUGUGAAUGGCCAGUCACCUAAAGAGAGCCUCCUGCCUUGGCUGAGCCAUGAUGUUGAGCCUCCGGAUGUUUACUGUGUUGGCUUCCAGGAGCUCGAUCUGAGUAAAGAAGCCUUCUUUUUCAAUGACACACCGAAGGAGGAAGAAUGGUUCAAAGCUGUAACUGAUAGUCUUCACCCAGGCGCCAAAUAUGCAAAGGUGAAGCUUGUACGACUUGUUGGGAUGCUGCUGCUGUUAUACGUGAAGGCAGACCAUGCUCUGAACAUCUCCGAGGUGGAAGCCGAGACAGUGGGAACUGGAAUCAUGGGGAUAAUGGGUAACAAAGGUGGAGUUGCUAUACGGUUCAAGUUCCACAACACCAGCGUGUGCAUUGUGAACUCUCACCUCGCAGCUCAUACAGAGGAGUACGAGCGGAGGAACCAGGACUUCAAAGACAUCUGCUCUCGGAUGCAGUUCUGCCAGUCAGAUCCAAACUUGCCACCCCUUACUAUAAGCAAACAUGAUGUCAUCCUGUGGCUCGGGGACCUCAACUACAGGAUAGAGCCACUGGGGUUGGAAAAGGUGAAGAUGCACAUUGAAAAGGAGGCGUUUCAGGAUCUUUAUCAAUAUGACCAGUUGAAGAAGCAGAUGGACGCGAAGGCUGUCUUUGAUGGCUUUACAGAGGGAAAGAUUACCUUCCAGCCAACCUACAAAUAUGACACUGGCUGUGAUGACUGGGACACUAGUGAGAAGUGUCGUGCCCCAGCAUGGUGUGAUCGGAUCCUCUGGAAAGGGAAGAAUAUUUCUCAGCUGAGCUAUCGCAGCCACAUGGCUUUGAAAACCAGUGACCAUAAGCCAGUGAGCUCCAUUUUUGACAUUGGGGUGAAGGUUGUGAAUGAGGAGCUCUACCGAAAAGCCUUUGAGGAAAUAGUGCGCUCAUUGGAUAAAAUGGAGAAUGCCAGCAUCCCGUCGGUGAUCCUUUCCCAGAGGGAGUUCUUCUUCAAGGAUGUGAAGUACAUGCAGCUGCAGGUGGAGACCUUUACUAUCCGUAAUGGACAAGUGCCUUGCCAAUUUGAAUUCAUCAACAAACUGGAUGAAGACCACUACUGCAAAGAGUGGCUGAUUGCAAACCCCAGUAAGGGCUUCCUGUUACCAGAUUCUGAAAUGACUAUUGAAUUGGAACUGUUUGUUAAUAAAUCAACAGCUACACGUUUGAACUCUGGGGAAGAGAAACUCGAAGACAUUCUGAUUUUGCACCUUGACAGGGGGAAGGAUUAUUUCCUGUCUGUGAUGGGAAAUUACCUGCCCAGCUGCUUUGGGUCUCCGAUCCAGACACUGUGUUACAUGAGAGAACCUAUCCGGGACAUGUCAGCAGAGUCCAUUCGAGAACUGACCCUGCUGCCGCUACAGAUGAGUGAUGACAUUUUUCGGGAUGAGAAGCCCCUGGACAUCCCCAAAGAGCUGUGGAUGAUGGUGGAUCAUCUGUACCGCAAUGCUUCCCAGCAGGAAGACCUGUUUCAGCAGCCAGGCCUAAGAUCUGAAUUUGAGCAGAUCCGAGACUGCUUGGAUACGGCAAUGCUCGAUACGCUCCUCGGCAGCAACCAUUCAGUAGCUGAGGCCCUGCUGCUGUUCCUGGAAAGCCUGCCAGAGCCUGUUAUCUGCUACAGCCUUUACAACAACUGCUUGCAUUGUGCCAACAAUUACACAUUGAGCAAUCAGGUUGUCUCCAUGCUGCCCAUAUGCCAUAAAAAUGUGUUUAACUAUCUGAUGGCGUUUUUACGGGAACUACUGAAAAAUUCAGGGAAAAACCACUUGGAUGUGAAUAUUCUCGCUAGUAUAUUUGGUGGCUUGUUGCUGCGACCUCCUCCCCACCAUCCUACGCCUGAUGUAACCGAGAAGAGGAAGGCUCGGCAGUUCAUCGAGCAGUUCCUCUUGAGAGACGGCAACUCCCCAUGAAUUCUAGAUGCAGCUAAUCUGUUUUUUAGAUGAAGCUAUUAAGUUACUGUAAAAAUACUUUUGUACCGAGCGUAGCACCUUCAGAACAUUACAGUAUUUUAUUCAGAGUACAAUCUAUUGAUAUUAAACACAGAUCAGACAUGUAGAACCAGUUAUCAAUGUAUUAAGUUGUAAAGAAUAUUGAAUUUCUAAAUGUUUUAUAAGACACAGAGCACUGACAUUUUAUACUGUAUUUUAAUUAUUUAACUUGUAUUAAAACCUCAAUUUUAAAGUUC